GAACCCGAAUUCAAACCCAAAUCCGGACCCGUUUGGCUGCGAGCAUUUGCGCCCUAACGCACAGGAGGACCAAACAACGCCAUACUCCAGGGAAAGAAAAUUUCGCUCGGUUUUUAGCAGUUUCCUGCGGUUUCCCACCCUCCAUGAAAUGGGAUAUGGAGAUCGAAGAAAUCGAAGCAGUUCUGGAAAAAAUCUGGGACUUGCACGACAAGCUCAGCGACGCCAUCCACUCCAUAUCCCGCACCCAUUUUCUCAACUCCAUCAAAACCCUAAAAAAUUCCGAGAAGAAGCAUGAUCAUCAUCACCAGCAGCAGCAGAAGCAGUCCCUCAACGGCGGCGCUGAUGAGACUCGGACCGGGUUUGUGUUCGUUAAAGAUUAUCGGGUCGACGAAGAUGACGACGUUUCGGCGAUUACCGAGGCGAAGAGUCUCAAUGCGAUUCGAACUGCUCUGGAGAACCUCGAGGACCAGCUGGAAUUCUUCCACACUGUCCAAGUUCAGCAGCGGGCUGAGAGAGAUGCAGCUGUUGCACGGUUAGAGCAAAGCCGAAUUAUUCUUGCUAUGAGACUGGCAGAACACCAUGGUAAAAAGUACAAGGUCAUUGAAGAAGCUUUUGCAUUUGUGGGUGAUGUGCGUGAUGCAGGCCGCUAUGUUUCACCUGAGAAUCUUUAUCGGCCAACAAAUUCUUCUGUUGAAAAUUUCGUAACCCUUGGAGGAAACAGGUCAAACAUUUUGAUGAGACUUCUCAUAUCUAGUUUUAGUUUUAUCAAGAAAUCCCUAAAAAUUGAUCAUAUGGGUGGGAUUCUAGGCAAUGCUGCUUUGAUUGCUGUUGGAAUGCUUGCCUUGUUGCAUGUACAGCAAAUGGGCCACAAGGACAAAUUUGUAGGGCAUCCAUUACAAUGGGAAGAUUAUGCUUAUGCCAACAGAAAUGUGAAAAAAACUUCUCGGCUGGAGGGGGGGUCAUCUAGUCAUCGUUUGAGCCACUUGGAUGUGUUACAGGCUAGGGGCUAAAUAUUUACUGGAUGAUGAACUUUUGGCUGAGAUUUAACUUCAUUUUAUUCCACAUUUUUGUUGCUGCAGGCAUAAUCUUCUUGAAAUGAUAUGUAGUUUUCUUGAAAUGCUGCAGAUUGCAUAAUGAGUUUGUCCUUUAACCCUCUAUACAUAUACAGUAGUAGCUGUCUUGCAAUUUUGCGGGAAAAAACCUUAGAUGUAGUGGGUGAAGAAAUUAGCAUGAUUGAUCUGGUUUCUGUUGUGCACCAUCUUAGUUGACUGCAAAUUGUUAGCUGUUUUCCUUGUUUGAUUGUAGAAGAUUGAUUGAUUUGUAUAUAUUCAGAUUUAUCUUGCUGUUUGCAUGGAAUACUUUGAAUGAGUAAUGGAUUGUUUGGAAUUGUUAUUCA